AUGGGCGACGCAGGCGGUUGGAGCACCAUCGAGUCUGACGAGGGUGUAUUCACCUCUCUCAUCGAGACGCUCGGCGUACAAAAUGUUCAAUUCGAAGAGCUCAUUUCACUGGACGCAGACACAAUACGCUCCCUUGGUUCCGUCUACGGAGUAAUCUUUCUAUUCAAAUGGACCCGCGAAGCAGCCGGUGCCCGCGCCGAGGCCCCAAUUGACGGCACAUACGACGAAACCGCAACAGAGAACAACGUCUUCUUCGCCGCGCAAACAAUCCAAAACGCCUGCGGCACACAAGCCAUUCUUUCCGUGAUCCUAAACCACGACAACCCGCCCGCCCCUCUCCCCGCGAUCCCGCUCGGCACCGAACUCGCCUCCUUCAAAGACUUCACAACGGGCUUCCCGCCGGAGCUCCGCGGCGAGGCCCUGUCCAACUCGGAAGCUAUCCGCACCGCACACAACACUUUCGCAAAGUCUAGCCCGUUCGCUGAUGAGACGACUAGGCCGCAGGACGAGGAGGGUGGGGAUGUUUUCCAUUUCAUUGCUUACACGCCUGUUAAUGGGACGUUGUAUGAGUUGGAUGGAUUGCAGCCGCACCCUAUUAGUCACGGACCGUGUGAUACGGCCUCGUUUCCUGAGACGGUGAUUGAAGUGCUCCGCAAGCGCAUUGCUAGAUAUCCGCCUGAGGAGACGCAUUUCAAUCUUAUGGCUGUUGUGCAGGAUCCUCGGCCACGGGCGCGGGAGAUCGGGGACGCGGAGACGCUGGAGCGGGAGGAGAGGAAGAGGGCUGCGUGGCAGUGGGAGAAUACUCUACGGAGGUGGAACUUUGUUGGGUUUAUUGGGGAGAUGAUGAAGGGGGUUGCUGGGGCUAAGGAGCGGGAUGGGAAAUAUGAUGAGUGGGUUGAUGCUGCGAAGGCUGAGACAAAGAAGAAGAUUGAGAGCAGGAGAGGGGCUUGA